UGUUAUGGAUCGUAUAUGACAUGUGUUAAUUUCCAGAUUACCCAGCGUGUGCAUGUAAAGCACGAAUUUUCAUGUUAUAGCAGGAAUUUAUGGCAAGCGCAAUUUCCUUGUUUUUUAAAUCCUGCGAGGGGAGACGUGAUAAAAUGUUGCUCAAAACAAGCGGCUCUCUAUAGUGUAUAUGCUAGCCGUUGGAGAAGCAACAUCGAGGAGCUCUCAAGAAAAUAUCAAGCUAUAAUACUUGUGACGUAUAGAAAGAAAUUUCCGAAAAUGAUGCUCAAGACACUCAUCGCUAUCUCAGUAAUCAGUUUUACUGCCGCAGCAUCCUUCAAUGAGGAGAACUCUUGGUUAACCAAUCAAGAAAAUGAUGAUGUGAUUUUCACGAGAGAUAAAAAAGGGUCUGGCAAUUGCUGUAGACGUACAGGUUAUAACUUUGUAACAUACGAUAAAGCAGGUGGUUCACGAAAAGGGGAAUGCAUGAAAUAUUUAGAUGAAAUUAAAUCUGCUUCAUGCCGAAAAACAAUCGACAAAAUUCUUAACAAGCAUGGCGGAAGCUCCAUAUGCCGUGUCGGUAACAGUAAAGUGGUUUUAUUGGAGGGAAAAAUUUACAAGACCAUGAACACUCUAUCGGAAUGUCCGCAUUACGGAUAAAUUUUAUUAAUUUGUAUGUGAGGAAUGAAGACUAAUUCAUUGAGUCGCUGGAUUCCUUUUACGCUAAAUAUUUACUGAACUGUUACUAAUAUAGCUUAAUUACCAGCCAUUGUGAUAUCUACAUAUAUAUGCAUGCUGUCAAACAUUUCAAUAUAUAUUUGUGUGUUCUUUGAUAAAAACAAGCAGGAUUGUACUUUGUAGUAUUGAGGGUCGAAACUAGUUGCGAUCAUUGAGAGAAUGAAGGUAUAUUCAUAUAUUCGUUCUGCCCGACAGAUUGUUUUGUGCGAUCAUCGCGCUAAUUCCAGAUCUGGUUCGUAUAUAACCUUGUUAUAUUCAUGGGGAAAUAAAUAAUUUUGACAU